CGUGAAGGUCUGGGACCUCCCACAGCAAACGGUGCUGCACUCCUACAGAGCUCACUCCGGUUCCGUGACAUGUGUGGCUUCCUGUCCUGGUAAGGACACUGUGUUCCUGUCCUGUGCAGAGGACAGCAGAACUUUACUCUGGGACACCAGAUGCCCAAAACCAGCUACUCGAAUUGUUUGCAGUGCCUGUAAUCACCUCCCUACCUCAGUCAUGUGGCAUCCACAGAAAAGUGACAUCUUUGCUUUGGGUGAUGAAAAUGGAACAGUUGCACUAGUAGACACAAAGAAUCCUGAUUCUGCCCUCAGCUCCACUGUGCAUGCCCGAAGUAUCACGGGGUUUGCAUUUUCUGCACAUAGUUCACCCUUACUGGCUUCAAUCAGUGAAGACUGUUCAGUAGCUGUUCUUGACUCAGACCUCUCAGAGGUGUUCAGAAACCGUUCUCAUCGAGACUUUGUAAAAGGCUUAUCGUGGUCUCCUUCAGACAAUGCCUUGCUCACUACAGUUGGAUGGGAUCAUCAGGUUUUACAUCACACUGUCCCCAUACCAACUGGUGAAGCUUCUGGAGUCAACUGUGUAAAAGAAUAG